GCGGUUGUUGCUCAAGGACCGGCGAAGGAGAAGCGAGGAGGAGGAGGAAGAAGAAGAACUAAGAAGCCAUGCCGAAGAGAACAACGCAUACGUACUCCAGCGAGGACGCCGCACCAGAUGGACCAGACUCUGAUCUCUUCGUUUACUACUGCAAGCAUUGUGGAUCGCACGUCUUGAUCACUGAUACUCAAUUGCAGAAAAUGCCAAAAAGGAAGACAGACAAGGCUUUUGUGUUGGACAAGAAGAAACAUCUUGCAAGGUUAAAUAUCAAUGAGGCGGGAAAAAUUUUAUUGAAAAGGGGAGAAGGGAAACUUGAAAGGCAAUAUCGAAUGAACUGUAUAGGCUGUGGACUCUUUGUGUGUUAUCGCUCAGAGGAAGAAUUGGAAUUUACUUCUUUCAUUUAUGUAGUUGAUGGUGCACUUAGUACUGUGGCUGCUGAAACCAAUCCACAGGAUGCUCCUGUGCCGCCCUGCAUAUCUCAACUUGAAGGAGGACUUGUCCAAGUGGCCAUAGAAGUUGAAGAUCGAGCACAACGUUCAGCCAUCACAAGAGUAAAUGCUGAUGAUGUACGUGUUGCUGUUGCUGCACCUGCGGCGCGUGGAGAAGCCAACAAUGAGCUUUUGGAGUUCAUGGGAAAAGUAUUGGGACUGAGGCUUAGCCAAAUGACUCUUCAACGGGGAUGGAAUAACAAAUCGAAGCUUCUUGUGGUUGAGGAUUUGUCUGCUAGACAGGUGUAUGAAAAACUUCUCGAGGCCGUGCAACCUAUCGGUUUUAGUUUGGAUGGAAUGUUGCCUUAAUGUACAAUAUCGUGUAGACCCCGAUGGAAGUGCUUUUUUUAUGAUGAACAUAUAAUAGAUUUUUUAUUUCUUUUGAAA